AUGACAUCAUCAAAAAAUGGCGACAAAACUGAAGUGCGAAUGAGGCAUAGCUGUAUCCCGGUGAAUUUGAGCAGCAUCAAUGAAAAGUUAACAAAAACUCAACGUGCUCACAUCGAAUGCACCCCAUUCAAAUGGGCGAUGGAUAUUUCUAACAACUUCUUAAUCUCAGGUGGUUUAUUAUGGGAGUUGGUAAGUAAAGGGGACGUACGUAGUAGGGGAUUUAGGGUUAGGGAUAGAAUAGUUCCCUUUACUCCAGUUCAUGUUUCUUUUGCUCUUGGAUUGUCUAUUGUUGGUAAGUCUCUAGUAGUAGAAGAAGAUCAACAAUGUGAAACAUUAGAUCUAUUUAAAGGGGCUGAUAUAACCAUUAAUAAUAUCCACAAACAACUUCGUUACCAUAAGAAAAAAUUAGUUAAUUUUGUUAGACUUUACAUAUUACUUGCAUUUGCGGAGUUUUACUUUCCCAAAACAGGGAAUAAGGUAUUUACGAGAUUUGUUAAGCAAUUGGAUGAUUUGGAUUCCCUUGAUGCCCAUACUUGGGGCAUUGUUGUUUAUAACUUUGUGGUUUCUAGUUUAUGUGAGUCUUCAGUUGUGUUGAAGGAGGGAAAACACAAGGCACAAAGACAUUUAAAUGGGUGUGCUGUCAUAUUGCAGAUUUGGGAAUUCAAUCACUUAUCUUUGGGAAAAGCACCAGCUGUUUCUAAGUUUAGUUUUCCACGUGUAUUGAAUUGGCCGAUAAUUGAUAGAAUGGUUGCAAUAGAGGAAGAGCUAAAAUAUGACAUAGUCAAUGCUGCUCUGUUUGAACAAGGACAACCGUUUAUGGAUGUUAUUGAUUAUCAUAGAUUGGAGGCUGAGAAUAAAGAUUUUAAAGAGAGGAUAACCAUUCUAAAUUAUGAAGUGAGGAUGAUGAAAGAGGCGAGAGUUAACACUCCAUUUGAGGAGGAGGUUAUUCAAGAUGAUUGA